AGCUGCGGUUUUCAUUCAGGAGACUCGAGGUUGUUGUAACCGCGGUUAGCACAAGCUAGCUCCGCUAACAUAUGAUGUCUCCUCGAUUGGUUGAUGAGUAACUUGUGGAAACUUUUAUUAAAGGCGUCAAAGUGGCGGAAAUAAAAACGGAUGCGGGUCUAAAAAUAAAGUAGCUGUUUAGACCAAACAGUUGGGUGUUGUGCUCGCGAGACGGCUGUGUCUUCUAGGUGUUUAGAUGAAAUUGGGUCGUAAAUAAUUGCUACAUUCGAACACUUCACCUAGCUUUUCUGCCAGGUUUCUUUCUCGUGGCAAGGUGUACUGGGGACAGGUGAGGGAAUACGGAAGUCCCCGGAUCAUUACCGCAACCGCAAAGCUUGGGUCAAAGUCCAGUUUCCGUUAUCUAAUACGCCCGAAACCGCCCACUCUCUGGGGACGGUGAUACCUGCGCGGAUCUUCCAGUGUGUGAAUGGAGCAGUGUGCGAGCACGGCCUCCCUGCUGGCCUCGGUGCGGGAGCAGGAGAGGCAGUUUGAGCUGCUGAGCCGAGCUCUGGAGGAGGAGCGGAGGUCAUGCGCCGGCACCUUGCCCCGCCCCCUCCCCAACAUGCAGAACGGCCGCGUACUUUGUGAUGCAGACAUAGAGAGGCUGACGCUGAACGAGGGUUACGUCAACGGGACAUAUCACUUCAGAAUGGAGCCUGGUCAUUUGGUGCACGAGUCGUGCACGGUGGAGGAGCAGCCUCAGGAGCCACCUUUCGUCUCUGUGGACACCAGGGAGGACGGAACCACACGGCACACAGAAACCAAUGUUAAAAAAGUAAUAAAGACCACCACAACUCGUACAGUCAUUCCCUCCAUAUCUGACACGCUGUCCAUGGAUGGUGGAGGGUCUGUGACAGGUGUGGGGCCCUACAGGCAGGUCCCUGGAGUUGGCGUGCCAAUGGAUUACCCAACCCACACGGUGCCCCGCAACUACCACUAUGGGCCGCCAGCAGGCUAUGACAACUACCGCUCUGGACCUCCGUCUGAGAUGUACACAAGCCUGAACAGGGGCGCUCGUAUGGAUGAUGCAUACAGACCGGUCCAUCCGGAUGGCUACAGAACUCUGGAUCCCAGCUACAGAGCCCCCAGCAGGAAUCAGUUGGACCCGUAUGCUGCUCAACCACAAGUUGGACGUUCAGAGAUGUCCACCAUCCAGAGGUUUGUCCCUGACCCGUACGGUCUGGAGGACGAUCAGCGCAGCAUUGGCUUUGAUGAGCCCGACUAUGGCAUGAGUAACCCGGUACACUACAGCACCGUGCCUCGAAACCAUGGUGGUUUCCCUCAAGGGCCCCCGCGCAGGACCGGGAGUUACGAAGGCCUUUUGGACUCAGGGGGAGACAUGUACUACUGGAACAGGGGGGCACCGCUGGCUCAAGGGGAGAGGGGCAGCAUGGCGUCACUGGACAGCACUCUGAGGAAAGGCGUCCCUCCUGGUGGUUGGCGUCAGCCGGAGCUGCCAGAGGUCAUCGCCAUGCUGAACUACAGGCUUGACCCCGUCAGGAGCAAUGCAGCUGCGUACCUGCAGCAUCUCACCUAUAAGAACGACAAGGUGAAGACUGACGUUCGUCGAAUGAAAGGCAUUCCUGCGCUGGUGGAGAUGCUCGACAACCCUAACAGAGAGGUUCACGCCGCAGCUUGUGGAGCUCUGAAGAACAUUUCUUUUGGCAAAGAUCCAGACAAUAAAGUUGCCAUUAAGAACUGUGAUGGAGUUACUGCCCUCAUCCGGCUGCUGAGGAAGGCCCGAGACCAGGAACUCACAGACAUCAUCACAGGGACGUUGUGGAACCUGUCGUCCCACGACUCUGUGAAGAUGGAGAUUGUGGAUCAUGCGCUGCACGCCCUCUGCGACGAGGUACUGGUGCCCCAUUCAGGCUGGGAGCGAGGGUCCAACGGGGCAGGAGGCGGCGAGGAAAACUGCAAGCCUAGGCAUCUGGAGUGGGAAUAUUCGCUCACCAAUACAGCCGGCUGUCUGAGAAAUGUGAGUUCAGAGAGAAAGGAAGCAAGGAGGAAGAUGAGGGAGUGCACAGGAUUGGUUGAUUCUGCCAUGUACAUCGUCCAGUCCCAGAUUGACUGUAAAGAAAUGGACACUAAGCUGGUGGAGAACUGUGUUUGUCUGCUGAGGAACUUGUCUUAUCACCUGUACAACGAAAUCCCCAACGCUGAGCGAUACGUGGACACCACGCACAACAGCAGGGGCGCCGCCCCCACCGGCCAGAAGGGCAGCUGCUUCGGCUCCCGCAAGGCCAAAGACGAGUGGUUUUCUAAAGGGAAGAAAGGCGAAGAUCCUUCUCAGGAUCAAGUCGAUAUUCCAGUGAGGUCCACACCUGCUAAAGGCUAUGAGCUGCUGUUCCAGCCAGAGGUGGUCCACGUCUACCUGUCGCUGCUGAAGGAGGCCAAGAACCCGCAUGUCCUGGAAGCGUCAGCUGGAGCGAUUCAGAACCUGUGUGCUGGGAACUGGACUUAUGGACGAUGCAUCCGGGGUUUGGUGCGCAAAGAAAAGGGCCUGUCUAUGAUAACCGAGCUGCUGAACCACGAAAAUGACCGAGUAGUCCGAGCCAUGUCCGGAGCCCUCCGUAACCUUGCCCUAGACGCCCGUAACAGGGAACUAGAAGGUCAACAUUCGGUAGCUCAGCUGGUGGCGAAUCUACCAGGCGGUGGUCAGAGUCAGCCGGUGCGAGCGCUGUCGGAAGAGACGGUUGUGUCUAUACUGAGCACGCUCCACGAGGUGCUGGGCACCAACAUCGAUGCAGCCAGAAUCUUCAGGACCUCGCAAGGAGUCGAGAGACUGGUUCUCAUCCAUAAGGACGGUAACCGGUCGGAGCGGGAAGUCCGUGGAGCCGUUCUGAUUCUGAAGACCCUCUGGGCCCAUAAGGAGAUCCGUCGGGCUCUGCAGAAGGACGGCUGGAAGAAGGAGGACAUCCUGGUGGAAGUGAAACCUGUCGAUAACAGCAACAGGCCCCUUGGAGGAUAUGAGGAGAGCACCCUCCCACUUAUAGACAAAGGCAACAAAGGUGACCGGGACAUGAUUCCAAUGAAUGAUAUGGGACCAGACGCCUACACCACACUGGACCGGAACAACACUCAUGAGUCUUCUGACAAGGAUUCAGUUCAGGGAGGGAUGUAUGGGGAGAGGCAGGCUUCCUUGCCUCUGAUGGAUUCUUACGAUGAAAAACUGAUCGUUUGCCUCACAAGACGACCGCCUCCUCCCACUUACUGCCCUUGCUGAGCUGACGAUCGGGGACCACGACGCUACCGCCGGGAUCCGACUCCCAGCAUUUAUCUCCUCCACCCUCCACAGCUUCUCUUUCCCCUCCUGUCUCUGUUACAUUCCUCCUUUGCAGCAGAACUAAUGAACGAAUGAAUGAAACCACUCCAAAGCAACGCAGUGGAUGGAAACUUUCCUGUGGACGGCUGUUUGUGACUCCAUGACCACUCCCGCUCAGCAUAACCACUCAUGUCAGACGUCUUGCUGCAUCACCAGGAAGACGGGGACCCUCAUCAGAGACACCGGACCUUAUUUAAGGAACUUAAACACGUCUUUAGACUUUAACCAGCUAAUCUUUGGGAUCAGAACGGGACACUUUCUGCAGAAAACUUACAUUCAUGUUGAUAAGAAAUGCUUCUUCUUGUAAAUGGUUGGUUUCUGUCCCUGAGAGCGAUUGUUUAUCUUAUUGUUGCCUCUACUUGCUUUGCUCUGUAUCAUCACUAUCGUGCCAAACGACCGUAACGGAUGCAGACGAGCCGCUCCAGCGUCGUCGCGCUGCUGCUGCUGCAGCGUCGGAAUAACGGACUUCUCUGCACCCAGAAUGAUUCCUGUUGGACAAACGGUCAGUUUUAAGGUCGAGUUUGGGAGACAUCGGAAGACUCAGCGGGUACUUUUGAGUAUUUUUGCUGGUUUUUAACAAGAUGAAUGUGUGUUUAAAAAAAAAGCUGUAACAGUGGGUUAACUGGAGUGCCUCCUUGCUUAUUCAGGAUGGAUCUGAUGAGUUCAUCCUCACUGCAGCGAACGUGUUUGGAAAAGUUCUGGAAGAGCCUCAUUCUUGAAAACCAUUAUUAUUAUUUUUUUUACAGCUUAAAAAUGUUUUUGUUUGUUUUCCUGCUUUGCGAACUCGGAGGCUGCCUGACUACAGAACGUUAACAUUAUCCCACAUCAGUGCCGAGCGAGAUGUAGAUACUGAGUGGUUUUUUUAAAGCAGCACCAAGGGGGUACAUUUAAUGCUUUUUUUUCUGUUUUAUUGUCUACCUUUUGUUUGUUUCUAUGCCGGAUGAAUUAAUGACAGAGGAAGACCCUUUUUCCCAAAAAGACGCGUUGCCUUCAAGAGCAAACCUAAAGCGGGAGAAAGUCUGUAGAGGCAGAUUGUCAUUCGCUAAAGUGGAAAAGUGAAUAAAAGCACAUUUAAACUUUAUAUAUAAACAAGAGAAUAUUUGUUAAUUUUAAUAGUUUUAUGUAUUUCUUAUUAUUUUUUAUUGAUUUGGGGUUAAUUGUUUUGGGUUCUCUGGGUGAAUGCAUAUGCAAUCAGUCUUUGUUUUGAUUUAAAACGUUCAGUUUGUGUGUUGAAGCAAAACCAAGUUAGCAGAAUAAAUCAUCUUUAUUCUUCCAUCAGAAAACGAAGCAGCAGCCGUAAAUUCAGAUCGUGGACGACACCGUAAUGUCUUUGCCUUGGCUCUUAAAAUGUUGCACAUUCUCAUUUAUGAUUGAAUUAUGUAACUAGCAAUAAUGUUUGUAAUAAAAGAGAAAAUGAUUUCUGA